AUGGUUGCCCUCGCAUCUCAGGAGCAGAAAUCUUCACAAUCAGAAUCGGAAUCGCAAUCCAGCUCUUCUAGUUCAAGCAAUAGUGACAUUCAAUCAAAUAGCCCGAGUGAAUCACAGGACUCUGCAAGGCUUGGUGUAUUGCGUGGCAGUAACGAUAGCUUGAUUGAGCUUGGUGGUGGUAACUGUGAUCUAUAUUACGACUGCAUGGUUCCCACCCGGCCAUUCUUCACUUAUGCCGAUCUUCUCACACUAAGUCUGACUCAUGGCCUCAACAAUCAAUCGCCACGUAAAUUAUCAGCUCAUGAACAGACAACUCUAGCAACUAUUCCUCGGGAUAUUCAUACCGUCCUCCAAGGCCCCGAAUAA